AUGGAAAUGCUGGCACUGUACGAGGUGAGCCGAACCGCUUGUGCCAGCCGUGCCCUCGGGAGGCGCAGCGCCAGCAGCCAUGCACAGGAGCCAAACCCGGGGCUGGGGGCGACGGGCCCCCAGGGUCUCUGCCCCGAGCCGCUACAGCGCGUGGACCGCGGGCACCUCGGCUUUGAGGGCCGGCUGCGCGCCCGCUCCCGCAGCUGCGUUGGGCCGGCGGUGGGAGCCGGUUUGUGUGGAAGAGGGCGGGUCGUGCCUGCUGUUCCCCCCUCUGCCAUCCCUCCCGGCCGCCCGGCGGGGCCCGGCCGGCUGCUGGCGAGCUCCCGGACCCCGGAUGCUCCAGGGCAAGGGAGCGCUUGGAGGGGGAAGUUGGGGGUUCGGCCGCGCUUGUGCCGCAGCGUGUUCGCAGAGCCUGGUGGUUGUGUGAGGUCCCUCUCUGGUGCCUUGCAGGACCCUGAGGAUGCUGUGCCUGUUGGACAGAGAAGGGCCUGGUGCUGGUGCAUGUGCUUUGGAUUGGCCUUUAUGCUGGCUGGUGUGUUCCUGGGCGGUGCCUAUCUGUACAAAUAUUUUGCAUUCCAGCAAGGUGGUGUGUAUUUCUGUGGAAUAAAGUACAUUGAAGAUGGCUUAAGUUUACCUGAGCCUGGGGCAGAGGCUCAGAGUGCUCGCUACCACACAAUUGAGCAAAAUAUUCAGAUCCUGGAGGAGGAAGAUGUUGAGUUUAUCAGCGUGCCAGUCCCUGAAUUUGCUGAUAGCGAUCCUGCUGAUAUCGUCCACGAUUUCCACCGGAGACUCACUGCCUAUCUUGACCUUAGCCUGGAUAAGUGCUAUGUGAUUCCUCUGAACACUUCAGUUGUUAUGCCACCAAAAAAUUUCCUGGAGCUGCUCAUCAAUAUCAAGGCUGGAACAUACUUGCCUCAGUCCUAUUUGAUUCACGAGCAGAUGAUUGUUACUGAUCGCAUUGAAAAUGUGGAUCAGCUGGGAUUCUUUAUUUACCGCCUCUGCCGCGGCAAGGAAACCUAUAAACUACAGCGCAAAGAAACCAUGAAAGGAAUAAUUCAGAAGCGUGAAGCCAUCAACUGCCGAAAAAUUCGACACUUUGAGAACAAGUUUGCUAUGGAAACACUCAUCUGUGAACAGUAAGGAGGCAUAGUACUGCUACAGGAGACUUAAAAAGUACAGUAUGACCCCACCCUUUGUAUUGUGUGCAGUGAUUAUUUUUUAAAUUUUUCUUUUAUGUAAGUAGUGGACAGGGCUUUCUUGCUGAACACCUUCCAUACUUCUCAUCUCACGAUACAUGUAAGAUCAAUACGUUUUAGUUUUCUCCUUAUUUUCAGGUGUGGUGUUCUUAUAUUUGAAUAGCAAUUGUAUAAAGAUUUAGUUGCUAGUGCAUUUCAUGUGAAUCUCAAAUAGGAAGAAGAAGAAGUCUUUGAAAUCUCCACCAGUUUUUAAAUAAGUAAAAUUGAAAAAAAUUAUUAAUGUAAAAAUGGACUGCAAGAGCUACUUCUAACUGUAAUAUUACCUGCUAUAUAGUUUGUUACAGCAUAUAGACAAACCUGUAUUUGACUCUCCUAACCAAGUGCAAUUUGUUUUGUUUUUAAAAUAUUGUCAUAUUUACCUUUUUGAGAUUGAUUUCUGACUUGAUGUUUUAAAAUGGCAAGUGUUUGCUGUAACAAUCUUUUAGAAAAUUAAGAAGUAACUUAUGUUACUAACUUGUAUAUAAUCCAUGUAUGUGCAAUGGAAAAUAAACCUUAUAAACCUGUUUGUCUAAAA